UUUACACUCCCCCCUACACCCCAUUCGAACUCCCCAAGAUAAGAGAGAAGGAGAGAGCCACAUAACCAAGAUAAGCCAAAGAGAGAGCAAGCUGUCCGCAGGUUCGUUCUUCAGUGCGUAGCUCUGAUUGUUUGAGCCAUAACUCGAGAUUCACUCGUCCAAUUAAGGCGUAUAAGAUACCAAAAGAAAGCUCUCAAGACGAGGAAUCCGUGGAUGUCUGGUUUGCAUCAAUCGGAGUAGUGGAAGGCUUCCAAAUCGUCCGAGCAAAACACAACCUCGCGGAAUACGUUUUUGUAUUCAAAGUUAGGGAACGAAUUCGUCGGGAAACACCCGUUCUAGGGACUGUUUUUGCGUCUUCGGUUAGGAGUUGAACUAGCAUUUUGAGGGGGCUGUUUAACACUCAAUUCCAAGCAAGGAAUCAGUUCUAAAACCUUCUUGGCCGAGGCUUUGGUCGUUGGAGCGAGAAGGAAGGUUUUAAAGCUCAUUUGAGGUUGAGGCUAGAGCUUGCUUCCUGUGCUCGUUGCUCGAGAGAUCAUAUAGGAGGGAAGACUUGGUUCGUGCUUCCUCCAUUCUGUUUUUAAACCUUUCUAAACAUGCUCAUGGAUAUUUUACUAUGGAGCCUGUGUGCUCAUGAAAUGCCUUGUGUGGCCCUUUUGUUUUAAACAAUGUUUCCGCUGCGUUAUGAAUUACUUAUUAUGUUUGUUUAUGGAUGUAUAUGUGUGAAUGAUAUUCAAGACGCCUUGUAUAAUAUGAAUGUGUUGGACUGCGGUUGACUAUUCGUAUUGUACGGCGGGUUGUUGACGUGUCCGGAUAGGUCCGGGGCGUGACAGUAUAUUGAUGCGUACUCAUGAAUUUUGGACAAUGAAUUGUUAUUAGAAUAUGGAUUUCUCAAGCUUCCCAAUCGUGUGUCAUUGGGGAGGGAACUUUUAUGAGGAUGCUGGGCAAAUAUGCCAUGAAGGUGGUAGAACCAGCUUUGUCAUGGUUUCUCAUGGCGCUUGCAUGCCCAGAGUCCUAGCCUAUGUUCGUGCUGCUGGUUUUUUUACACUGCACAGAUUAGUGGCUACUGUGCCUCUUGAUAGAUCCCUUCUCACUGCUCUACUUGAGCGUUGGAGGCAGGAGACACACUCAUUUCACCUCCCUGUUGGUGAGGUGACUGUGACAUUGGGAGAUGUGGCUGUACUCACCGGGUUAGAGGUUCAUGGGAGAGCUGUUACAGGCACUGCUUGUCGACAGUGGGUUGAUGAGUGUGAGCGGUUGUUAGGUAUCUGCCCCGUUCUUAGGACUGACCUUCAGGGGUCAUCUCUUAGGAUGCCGUGGUUGAGGGAGCACUUCCAGGUCCUUCCUCCCGACGCUGAUGAGGUGAUCAUCCAGCAGCAUGCUCGGGCGUAUAUAUUGAUGAUGAUGGGAGCCUCCAUUUUCGCUGACAAGAGCGGAAAUGAGGUUCAGGUGCUACACUUGCCUUUGCUGGAGAGGUUUGAUGUAGCAGCACAGUUCAGCUGGGGUAGUGCCACCCUGGCUUAUCUAUACAGGCAGCUGUGUCGCGGCUGCCAGAGAGGGAGCACAGAGCUGGGGGGAUUUUUGCUACUCCUCCAGAUUUGGUCAUGGGAGUAUAUCCACAUUGGCCGUCCCAUUAUAGUCGGAUAUCAUGGCAUUGAUGGACAGCCACUGCCUGAUGAGCCGCCACGUCUGCUAGGACCACAUCAUGUACGGGGCGAGGACCCUCUAGGCCGUCGGUGGCUAUAUGCUGGUCUAUCUCGCAUGUCAUCCGCUACUGGGCUCGGUGUCUACAGGGAUGCAUUGGAUCGGAUGUCUAAGGACCAGAUCACAUGGAUGCCGUUUAGACCUGAUAUGUUAGCAGAGUUGCCCCCAGCUGGACGAGAGCAUACUCACAUCUGGCGAGCACAUGUCCCGUUGAUAUGUUUUGACAUUGUUGAGCUGCAUUUGCCUGAUAGAGUCAUGCGACAGUUUGGGUUUGAGCAGGUCGUUCCACGUCCUAUCGACACUUAUGUAGAGCUGCAUAAGCUGGAUAGGCGUGGGAAGCAUACAGAGGAUUGGGCACUCAGACAUGUCCGAUACGUGACUAUGUGGGAAAGGAGAGCUGAGCUAGCUGUGGUUGGGACACCCACAUAUGUGCCAUCUGUUUCAGGAGACUACAUGGGAUGGUACUACAGCAUCACUCGGUUAUUUGUGUCUCCUUCGUUCAGACUCCCUACUCAUCAUUAUCAGCCUAGCUCCUUGGCUUUGCAUCUUACGACACGAUAUUCCUGAUGUGGACAUGUAUGGACAGGCUCUGACAGGCAUUGCCUCGUUGUGCUCAGAUGUGUUGGGCCGAGUAGACUACGGACAUCUUAUACACAUGCCCCCAUCUCAGGAGAUGGCAUCCACGUCUAGUGCAGCCGCGGCUUCAUCAUCCCAGACGCAACAUGAGAGAGUGGUUCUUCAACCACGACAACGCCGUAGGCGUAGACAUGAGCAGCAACAUCUCCAUGACGAAGCUGAUGAUGAGAACUUGUAGUUUGUCUUUUGUAUUGUAGUUUUUCUUAUGCAGUAGAUGUUGUACGAACAAUGUACAAGUUUUGAUGUAUUUUGUCUUGUUAAGUAUUGUAUGGUGUAUUGAUGUGUUCGAGUAUGAAUAUUAGAUGAUUACUUGUUAUGGCAUAUAUGAUGAUUGUAUUGUGUUAUUCCGGUUAUGAUUUGAAGGUUUUUUACGGGUGUU